AUGGCCUUCUUCAAUCUCUUCAUCUCUUUGUUUGUUUUCAAUAUCAUCAUUCUCAUCCUUCCUAUUUAUGCGAAAAUAUCGUGCAAAUCUUCUUAUUGCACCAACGAUAAUCUUCAAAUAAGAUUUCCAUUCUUACUAAAAGGUGAACAAGAUGAAAAUUGUGGCUAUCCCGGUUUCAAUCUAACUUGCAAUAGCCAAGGAUUACCAUCAAUAGACCUUCCAUUCUCAGGGCGUUUCUUAGUACAAAACAUUUCCUACAAUCAACAAGUAAUACUACUCUACGACCCGGACAAUUGUCUCCCCAAAAGGCUCAUCGGAUUGAAUCUUUCAGGUUCUCCCUUUAUGGGUAAUUACUAUAGGGAAUACUCAUUAUUAAGCUGUCCAUUUGGAUUCAACUCUUCUUUGUCAUAUACUGUCAAUUGCCUAAGCAAUUCCACAAACACUGUCAUUGUUGUUAAAGCCGAGUAUUAUGAACCUUUCAUUUUUCCAAAUUGCAAGAAAAUGGUUGUGUUUAAUGUUCCGUUCCCUGGAGACGACUACAUCUUUCAGAGUUUCUAUUACAAUUUUGAUUAUAUGUGGCUAACAUGGAAUAAUCCGCAUUGUCGGUAUUGUGAAAUGGAUUAUGGCGUUUGUGGUCCUACGAGUACUUUCGGGCAAGAUUUCGAAUGUAUCUAUCCUAAUCCGGCUUCUCGUGUAGUGAAGAGUAUUUUGAUUCCAAUUGGCAUUACAGCUAUUUCAGUUAUUGUUGUGUUGGCUUGUUAUAAAUGUCAUAAAAAAGAGAAUCCGCAAAACAUUAACAAUUCCGGAAACAUAAGUUUGGGUCCAACCACAACGCCUCCACAAUCAUCUACAACAACCAGAGGAGGCUUAGACGAUUCCACCAUUCAAUCCUAUCCCAUUGUCAUAAUCGGAGAAAGCGGUCUCAGCCCGGGACUCAACAACAAAACCUGCCCAAUUUGUUUGUCUGAGUUUCUCGCGAAAGAGACUGUUCGGUUCAUACCAGAUUGCACACAUAAUUUCCAUUCUAAAUGCAUUGAUGAAUGGCUUCACCUCAACCCAUCAUGCCCGGUUUGUCGGACUUCACCAACUCAUGUUGAUUCUUCCUUUGUUAAUGUCCAAUGA